AUGGCCACCUCCCAGUCCCAGCAUCGCUGCGUUUUCGUUGGGAAUAUACCGUAUGAUGCUACAGAGGAACAGCUUGUCGAAAUCUGCCAGGAGGUUGGCCCAGUAGUCUCAUUCAGAUUAGUUAUUGACAGAGAAACUGGGAAACCAAAAGGUUAUGGAUUCUGUGAGUAUAAGGAUGAAGAGACCGCUUUAAGUGCUCGACGAAAUCUUCAGGGUUAUGAAAUUAAUGGGCGGCAAUUACGUGUUGAUUUUGCUGAAAAUGACAAAGGAACUGACAGAAAUAGAGAACAGGGUCGUGGUGGGCCUGGAAUGACAACCAAUGCUGACCCUCAGAAACAAGUUGGUGGCCCAGCUGUCCAUGGUGAAGCUGUUCAGCAUCAGCCUAUUGGUCUCCAUAUUGCCAUAACUGCUGCAGCUGUGAUGACAGCAGCUCUAGGUGGUGCUCAGUUUGGCAUCCAAUCAAAUCAAAAUAGUUUGCAAAGUCAGUCAGCAUUGGCACAUGAUCCUCUAACACUGCAUCUGGCCAAAAUGUCCAGGAGUCAGCUUACGGAGAUGAUCUCUGAGCUCAAGGGAAUGGCUACACAAAACAAGGAUCUGGCUCGCCAGCUGUUGCUUUCAAGGCCACAGUUACCCAAGGCUCUUUUCCAGGCGCAAAUAAUGCUAGGAAUGGUGACUACCCAAGUGUUACAAAUGCCAAACCUUAGGAUGGUUUCAGAUCAAACCUCACAGUCUGUAAUGAAUGAAGGUCAGCUGGGUCAGCCGCCAUUGGUUCAAACUCUACCUAGCAUUCCGCCUCAUGGGCAGAGCAAAUUGCAGUCUGGUUUGACACCUUAUGCUCAAGAAGGCCAAGUCGGCACCAUAAUUCAUAAUCCUCUUGCUCCUAAUCAAUUAACUGCUCAUCUAAAGCCUCCAGUGCAGCCCCGAAUUCCUCUUCAACAACAUCAAAGUAACCUUGUACUGCCCGGAACUUUGUCAGGGCAACCAAAUUUAAUGCUUCCUUCUGUGCGCCCGAGUUUGGGAAGUUUGUCUGUCAGGCCUCCAAUUCAACCAACAACUUCAAUUGCUCUGAACCAGCAAAUGCAUGCCUCUUUGCUACAGCAUUCUGUACAUGUUGGAAACUCAACUGUUGGACAUAAUAGUCAAAUGGUUCGUCCAGAUGCCAACUUUCAGCCUGGUCCCUCCAUAUCAUCAUCUAAUUCUCAGUUAUUGAAUAAAGGUGAUAAAUCUUCUAAUACAACGUAUUCAAGCAUGCCUUUGGGAGUGGAGAAAACAAGCAUGGUUCGUGAUUCUUCAGAAUCUUUUUCUCACCCAUCAAAGCUCAUGAAAUUGGAUGACGGAAGGAGUGCAUCUCUUUCUGCUGGGAUUUCAGACGUGCCUGUCACCGAUGGACCAUCUCAUGCCCUUGGAAGAAGCUCAUUGCCUAUACACGCAGCUCCUAAAACAGAAGGGCAAUAUCCCGAACAACAAUCUUCUCAGCUUCCACCUGAUGUGGAGUCUGUUUUGCUGCAACAAGUAUUGAAUCUGACUCCAGAGCAAUUGAGUUCCUUGCCGCCAGAGCAGCAACAACAGGUCAUUCAGCUCCAGCAGGCUCUUCGGCGAGAUCAGAUGCAGCCCUCAUGA